AUGCUGGCAAGAUUUUUAUUGCUGGUAAUAUUUUUUUUAUCUAUCUAUCUAUCUAUCUAUCUAUCUAUCUAUCUAUUUCUUUCUUUCUAUCUACCUAUCUAUCUCAGUCUAUAUCUAUCUAUCUCAGUAUAUAUUGUUUUGGCUUGGUUUGCCUUGCGGCAUAUCAACCUCAAUGGUUUACUUAAUGCCGACAAUAUUUUUAUUGCUGUUAAUAUUUUUUUAUCUAUCUAUCUAUCUAUCUAUCUAUCUAUCUAUCUAUCUAUCUCAGUCUAUUUAUUUCUUUCUCUCUACCUAUCUAUCUCAGUCUAUAUCUAUCUAUCUCAAUUUUUUAUUGCUGGUAAUUUUAUCUAUCUAUCUAUCUAUCUAUCUAUCUAUCUAUCUAUCUAUCUAUCUAUCUAUCUAUCUCAGUAUAUAUUGGUUUGGUUUGUUUUGUUUUACGGCAUAUCAACCCCAAUGGUUUACUUAAUGCCGACAAUAUUUUUAUUGCUGGUAAUAUUUUUUUUUUAUCUAUCUAUCUAUCUAUCUAUCUAUCUAUCUAUCUAUCUAUCUAUCUUAGCCAAAAGCUCAAUUUCUGGGCAUGCGCACUCACCCGAUCUGACAAUCGUCUCACGUAACAGAGCAGAUGGCCUCCUUUUCUUGCCGACAUACGUCAGUGGCGCUUCAAUAAGCAGACGACGUGCAGAUAAACUCGUGAACUUUGGCUAA